ACCAGAGUAACCGGAAAAUUUCCUCUCUCGCUCGCUGAGCUAUGGAUUCGUCAUCGCCUUGUUCCGUCAUCAUCGUCGGAGCAGGGAUUUCUGGUAUAUCGGCCGCGAAGGUAUUGGCGGAGAACGGAGUGGAUGAUUUGGUGAUACUCGAAGCUUCGGAUCGUAUCGGAGGGAGGAUUCGAAAGGAACAUUUUGGAGACUUGUCGGUGGAGUUGGGUGCAGGUUGGAUCCAAGGCGUUGGCGGCAAGGAAUCUAAUCCGGUUUGGGAACUCGCCUGCGAAUCAGGCCUCCACACCUGCUACUCCGAUUACAGUAAUGCUCGUUACAACAUCUACGAUCGAAGUGGAAAGAUAUUCCCGAGCGGUUUAGCUGCCGCAUCGUAUAACAAAGCCGUGGACUCGGCAAUUCAGGAACUGAGGAAUCAAGAGGCUAAGCUCUGUGGUCUCUCCACGGCACCGGAACCGUCAUCGGCGCCAAAGACCCCAAUAGAGCUAGCCAUCGAUUUUAUCCUCCAUGAUUUUGAGAUGGCCGAGGUGGAACCAAUAUCAACAUAUACAGAUUUUGGGGAGAGAGAAUUUCUUGUCGCAGAUGAGAGAGGAUAUGAAUUCUUGCUGUAUAAGAUGGCGGAAUCUUUUCUUUUUACCUCUGAUUGUAAAAUCGUGGACAGUCGUCUUAAGCUAAACAAGGUUGUUCGGGAAUUGCAGCACUCGAGAAACGGCGUUAUGGUGAAAACGGAGGACGGUUGCGUUUACGAGGCCAAUUACGUAAUUUUGUCCGUUAGUAUUGGCGUUCUCCAAAGCGACCUUAUUUCCUUCCGCCCUCCCUUACCUAAGUGGAAAACGGAGGCCAUUAUGAAGUGCGAUGUGAUCGUGUACACCAAGAUCUUCCUCAAGUUCCCCUACAAGUUCUGGCCUUGUGGGCCUGGCACCGAGUUCUUUAUCUAUGCCCACGAGAGAAGAGGCUACUACACGUUUUGGCAGCACAUGGAGAAUGCGUACCCAGGGUCCAACAUUCUAGUGGUGACAUUAACCAAUGGUGAAUCGAAACGUGUCGAGGCACAAUUGGAUGAAAAGACGAUGGAGGAGGCCAUGGGGGCACUGAGGGACAUGUUUAGACUAGACAUACCCAAUGCCACCAAGAUUCUCGUCCCUCGCUGGUGGAAUAAUCGAUUCCAGAGAGGAAGCUAUAGCAACUACCCCAUCUUCGCCACCAAACAAGACUUCACUGACAUAAAGGCACCAGUUGGACCAAUCUUCUUCAGCGGAGAACACACAAAUGAGAGAUUUAAUGGUUAUGUCCAUGGUGGCUACCUAUCAGGAAUUGACACAAGCAAGGCUUUGUUGGAAGAGAUGAGAAAAGAGAAAGAGAAAAUGGAGAGUUCGUUGGAAUUGGUGGAGAGUCAAAAAUUCCUGCUGGAGCCCUUACUGGCCUUGACCGAAUCGUUGACUUUGACGCAGCAGGAAGCAGCGUCAACGCUCCAUAAGUGGGACAUUGCAAGGGAGCUCUUCGUGAGUGGGAAGUUGGUCGUGCAAGAAGCCAUCAAAUGACUAAAUGGCCCCUGCACUAGAACUUACUUUGACUUUCACCA